ACUAACUCAUGGAAAACCCAAGGAAUCGAUGUGCAGGUCUUGUUUGAGAUAAGGAUUGCCCGUAGAGCUCGAACUACAGGCGCUCAGUCCAGUCCUCCCCUCUCAAGCGGUUCUAAUAAUUUUAAUUCCAGACGAAGAGAUAUAUUCACUGAUAAUAGAAGUCAAAGAAGUGAAUCAAAUCACGAUCCAUCUGCCCGAUCAAAAGUAUUACUGCCAGACCUGGACUCUAAAGGGAGACCCACUUGUCUGUCCAGUCCCGACGAUACCUAUUGUGAAUCCGUCCAAAAUUAUCCAAAAAUAUUCUAUAUUUUGGAAAAGAAUCUUUUGUUCAUAAUACCCUGCUCCUUUAGACUACUGUCACAACCUUGA